AUGAUCAUCCAGAAGCUAAACGAAGCUAUGGAUGAACCUGAAACAGUGAGCCUUUCCCAGUUGAAGGCUUAUGAGAAGAAAUUGGAACUACAUUAUUCGGAGUAUGCGGUGAAGCAUGACUUAAUCGUGACUCAGUGUACUAGUGAAAACAUGGAGGAUCAGGACAAUAAGUUGGACGAGUUUGACGAGCUGCACACGGAGGCGUUAGUGAAGCUGAAUCAACUGUUUGAUUUACUUCGUGCUGAUCCACAACCUAAUAAUGGAGUUCCCCAAGUGAUUGUGACUCAGCAACCUCUGAAGACGCCAAUCCCAACCUUCGAUGGGAAGUACGAAGGUUGGCCAAAAUUCAAAGCUCUUUUCAAUGACUUGAUCCGAAAGUGUGGCGACUCCGAUGCAACUAAACUGCAAUACCUGGACAAGGCGCUGAUCGGUGAAGCUUCCGGUAUCCUUAAUGCCAGAAUUAUCAACGACAACAACUACCAGCAAGCAUGGGAGUUGUUAGAGGAGCGCUUUGAAAAUCCGAGAGUGAUUAUUGACACCCAUAUUUCCGGUUUAUUGUCGAUGAAACCGAUAACCAAACAAAGCUUCAAGGAGCUAAGAAACCUUAUCGAUACUUGCAAUCGCCACGUGGAAGGAUUGCGGUUCAUGGAGCAGGAGGUUGUUGGAACAGCCGGUCUAAUCGUGGUGAAGCUACUUACAAUGUGCCUUGAUGGAGAAACGCGGAAGCAGUGGGAGCUCACCAUGGAGCACGGAGAACUUCCUGACCUCGAAGAAUCCAUGAAGUUCCUAAGAAGUUAUUGCCAGGUACUUGAGAGAUGUGAAGUAGACAAGGCGUCCUCAGCUAAGGCAGCUGUUAAGCCUCCUAUGAUGGGGAAAACCAGCUCAUCGCAAAGAACCUCCAAUCCAGCAACAUCCAGUUCACCGGAGAAUGUGUGUGAAAUAUGCGCGGGUCAACAUUGCAAUUACAAGUGUCCUUCUUUCUUGAGCAUGAGUGUUGAUCAGCGUGUUACCCCCAUCAGCGUGUUGACCAGCGUGUUGUGA